AUUCAGAUAGGGGCAGGUCCCCUUCAGCUACUGAUUGGCCGGUGACUACCAUUGACCCAAGACACCUUCUCGAAGGUCCCGCCAGGUGAGACCACACGGCCAUUACGAUCCACUCCCGACAGAACUGACCGCCGCUCUCAGCUUGGAACCCGUGUACACGAACACCAUCGGUUCGCGCGUCUCCCUCCGCCCGCGUCGCGCAUCGAGGCGCCACCAGUCAUAUUCCGAGAGUGAAGACGGCAGCAGCGAGGAUGAAUACCAGCCUUUCCCAUCGCCACGGCCCCAGAAACGAGGCCGCUCUCCGUCUGUGGUCCGGGCUCCGCAGAAAGCCGCCAAGCGUCCACGCGCUUCUCCGAGGUCGCGUAACGUCCAGGUCGCCGCCAAGCGCCCGUCCUCCCAGGAUGCCGCAGCGAUGAAGAAGGUGUGGGGGUGCCCGCACUGCCCCUUCGUUCAGCAAAACAGGCGUCGCCCCGAUCUCAACCGUCACAUCAACACCCACAUGCGUAGCAACAACUGGGUCUGCUGCGGGGUGCCAGUCGCCUACGCCGCCGAGUACGGCAUCGGGCCCACCGCGAAACAGGUGGAGUUCAAAGGGCGCAUGAGAGUCGGAGGUUGCUUCAAGACCUUCUCUAGGCGCGAUGCUUUGAAACGCCAUGUAGACAACAGGAGCAUCGGAUGCAUCGGAGACCUGAGCCUUCAUCCGUCCACGGGCAACAUCGUUUGAUCGUCUCACUUCAAAUCCCUCUGCAAGCUGGGAUG